CAGAAAUAAAAACAUAGAUCCUUCUUGUUCCGCUGUAUCUCCUUUUUCCCUGCUCCCUGUAGUGUAGAGCGAGAAGGAGGAUGAGUUCUUCUCCGCCUCGUUCUCGUGGCGACGGCGAGAAAAGGCCCAGGUUUUUCGACUCAAACGCCAAGGCCAUCUGUUGGUCCAAGGCUGAUAUUGUCCCCGGCCGCCACCCUGAGAGGUGGCGCAAAGACGCCGCGGGUAACAUUGUCUGCAAACGUUUCUACAACUGCAUCGGCUGCCUCUGCUACGAGUACGAUCACAUCAUCCCCUUCUCCAAAGGUGGUGAGUCUACAGCAGAUAACUGUCAAAUACUUCAAUCAAGAGUUAACAGACUCAAAUCGGACAAAUAUGACGUUGAUUCUAAUCAAUUGAAAGACUACUCGUGUGAGGUUAAUUUUACUGCAGAUAAGGAGCUUGAUAUAAUUGAGAUGGCUGUUUACGGGGAUGUGGUGCGGCCUGGAAAUCAGUGUCGUUGCAGAACUAUUGCUGAGAAGCUUGGCAAAUUUAAACCAAAAGAUGACAAAGAUGCUUGGCCACCACCUCCACCGCCACCAUUUCAACCUUCAACUUUAACAGCAUUUAUGAGACCACCUGAAACUUCUCUUCCUUUCCCUCCACCCCCACCACCACCCCCGCCUCCCUUUUUUGGGCAAAAUGUAGGAAGCUUAGUACCUUUUCCAUCCCCUAGGGAAUCUGUGGCUUCAUCAAUGGUUGGAGAGACUAGAGUAUCUUUAACACUUCCUACAACCCCUUUUCCAUUUACAAGCACUGAUGUUAAACUGGAUGUUUCUCAAGUGGGUACUGCAGUGAUCCCUUCACAGCCUCCUCCACCGCCACCACCUCCAAGGUAUGAAGUUUCAUCUGUUCCUUCUUUGAUAGCACUAGCAUCUCCUCUUCCAAAGAAUAAAAUUCCAUCAGUUCCCCCUCCUCCCAUUUUUCCUACAGCUUCAACAAAUAGGGCUCCACCCCCUCCUCCCCCAACACCCUCAUUUGCAUCACAUAAAGGUUCACCUCCACCAGCAACCCCACCUCAAACUCAACCCCUGUCUCCGCCUCCCCCUCCCCCUCCCCCACCCAAUUCACAUAUAUAUUCAGCUACACCACCUAUAGUUAAUUCACAUGUAUAUUCAACUACACUACCUAUACCUCCGCCACCACCCCCACCACCUCCCCCUCCUUUUGCUAAAGCUUCAUUACCUCCCUCUCCACCUCCUUUCAAUAGUCCUCUUCCACCACCACCACCGCCACCACCUCCUUUUAGUCAAGCUCCACCACCACCUCCACCCACACUUCCUUCCCCACCUCUUCCUCUAUCAAGUGUGGCCUCUCCUCCACCUCCUCCAAUGUAUAAAGCCGCACCUCCCCCACCACCACCUCUUCCUCCAUCAAGUGGAGCCUCACCUCCACCACCACCCCUUCCUCCAUCAAAUGGAACACCACCUCCACCUCCACCACCUCUUCCUCCAUCAAGUGGAGCCCCACCACCCCCUCCACCUUCAAUGUAUGGAGUACCACCUCCACCACCACCUCCAUCAAUGUAUGGAACACCACCUCCACCACCUCCUCUUCUAGGCAGUCGAGGACCACCUCCUCCUCCAGGCGAUGGAGGACCACCUCCUCCACCUCCUCCUCCAAUGUAUGGAACACCACCUCCUCCACCCCCUCCAUCGUAUGGAGCACCACCUCCUCCUCCCUCAAUGUUUGCAGCACCACCUCCUCCGCCUCCUCCUGGUGGUCGAGGUCCUCUUCCUCCACCUCCCCCAGGUGUUCCUGGUGCUCCUACACCUCCUGGGUGGCGGACUCCGCCCCUUGGUGCAAAAGGUGCAAAUGUUGGAGUUGAUCCAAGAGGGAGAGGACGUGGGUAUGCGCGCCCUACAGGGGCUGAACCCCGUAAAUCCUCUUUAAAGCCUUUACAUUGGAGCAAAGUUACAAGGGCACUACAAGGAAGUUUAUGGGAAGAACUACGAAGACAUGGAGAACCACAAAUGUAAUGUGUCUUUUCUACUGUUGAGAAGUAUUGCUGAGAAGCUUGGCAAAUUUAAACCAAAAGAUGACAAAGAUGCUUGUAAGUUGCCACAGGGAUGAAUCUUAACUGUAACAAGCAACUAUACAACAUAAUGUAUUGAAAACAGAAGCUCAUGCCAAAUAAGUUUUAGACAAAAAACAAUUGUUUCACUUUAUCUCAUACCAUUUGGUCUAGCGUUAGGAUUGACAUCUAGACCUAGUUGUUAACAAUAAUUCUAGGUUUCUGACUUCUUUAAAGUAACCUAUAAAGUAACAGGGAAAAAAAAUCUAUUAUCAA